AACGCCAGUUCCAACGAGGCAAGAUAUCCGAAAACAUCACCACUGUGCCGGGUAGCAAGUGGAUGAUGUAGUCGAGAUCCGCAAUCAUCUUGAGGAGAAGCUGGCAGCAAUGUUGGCCGCCGUAGCCAAAACUAUUGCCACCAAGGUGUAUGAGCAGCAACUGUGGAGGUGUCGCUCCUGUUUGCAACUUCUGGCGUAUAAAAGGCACCAGAUGCUCCCACCUCCUGCCGCCUUGUCCAUGCCAGGUGACUUGGCAAGGGAGCCCGAAAUUGGGGUCCCGCCGAUAUCGCCUGACGUGUCUUUCCAGCCGGGUCACAAUGGAGCUGCCGAUGAGCCACAACGUUGUCCUCUGAGUCCUGUUCAUCGUUAUGGCGAUAGUCGCACUUCCGCUUAUUUAUACAGUGAGCACGCAAUGCCAUUGGUUAGUUUUCCCUCCGUUCGUCCACGUAAACAUUGUUUGGUUUAAUGCGCCCAAUUUCAAAUUACAUUCAUUCCGCCAAUAGCUGAUCGAUUGACAGGUGAGUGAGGCACGAUUGGUCAAUUUAAAAAAUAUUGACCCGCCCAACUUUCACAUUACAUUCAAUCAGACGAUCGCUGAUAGGUUGUUUGUUUGGUGACUUACGAUUGGUCAUUUAUCCAAAGGCGGAGCCUGACAGGUUGGUUUUGUGAGCUACGAUUGGUCAGUUCUUCCACGGUGUGGUGCAUGGUGCUAUAAAUGCUGCUUCGCGUGCCCGCUCCCCCCCCUUUCUGCUCGAGCGAACAGAAAACUUUUCGAGAGAACGCUUUUUGCAUUGCCUCAGACAAAGACAAAGACAAAGGACCUACAUUCGACGGAAACUGCAGUUUGCCAUUGUGUUGGACUUCAUCUGCUGACAUAGAGAUGCCACGAAAGAAGGGUUUCCGUAUGCGACGCACACCCAAGGCUACCCAAGCUGUUGAUUGUGCAGUUGCAACAAAAGGUAGGGAAGAAGUAUCUUCACUGUCACCAGUGGAGGUACCAACAGGUGGGUUACAAAAGGUGGUCAAAGGGUCAUUUCAUCAAGGCAAUACAAGGUUUAAGUAUGCAGGAACACAGUGUAUGGCGAUUGCCUUUUGUGCCACUGCUUUACACAGUAUUAAAAAUGUCUUGUUGUGGGAUACUGCUGAUCUUGACAUGGCUGUUGUUGAAGGCGAUCAGUUGUAUACCACUCUAAGGGAACGUCACGUAAUUUGUCACCAAUCCCACUUUUUGUGUGCCACAGAAUUGCCUAAACAGGAGGUGAUUGCUGGACACAAAUUUGAGUUUUGUGUUAAGGAUGAUUAUGCUUUAGGUGAUGUCAAUGUAGUUUCCAGCUAUUAUAUUGAAAACGGGAUUCAUGUCACUUUGCAUGAUGCUUUGCACACAAUGUUUGGCAAGUACAGCACAUGCAUUCUUACAGUCUGUCAAAGUAGUUGUGCCAUAAUUUGUGAUGCUGGUCAGUAUUGUCUGGUGGAUUCGCACUCGCGCAGCUGUAAUGGCAUGGUGUGCAGUGAUGGAACCAGUGUUGUUCUGUGUUUUGGUGGUCUUGGUGCCCUUGCUAAUCACAUUAGCAAUUUGGCUGCAGGGUUUGGAGGAGCAGAGAAACUUUUUGAAAUAGCUGGUGUUGUUGUGACUGUUGUGGCUGACAGGAAACGUCACUUGGAGAUGAUGACUGGUGAUGAUGGCAAAAAGUUUAAAAUGGCUGACAUUUCUAGUACAUGUGCAUCUGAUGUUGAGGUCAUCAGUGUUGUUACCACACAGCAUGCCUUUUGUCCAAUGCUUCAAAAUGACUCCAAAGAUGUGUGCCAACUUUUGAAUAUAGAUUGUGAAGUCAAAACUGUGCCUGUCAAUUUGCGUGUUGGACCCUUGGGAGCUCCCUGUAAAAAGGAGAGCAUUGUUGCUGACGGCAACUGUUUUUUCCGUGCCAUAUCACAAGCGGUGAGUGGCACACAGAAAAAUCACAGAAAAAUUAGACUCCAUGUGGUUAAACAUAUGGAAAACCACUGUGAAGAUUAUGAGAAGCUUCUCAGGAGUGAGUACAAUUGUUUGACAGAGUAUAUUAGUGUUUCCAAAAUGAAAUAUGUCAAUAGCUGGGCAACUGAGGUGGAAAUUCAGGCUGCAGCGGAUAGUUUAGGAAUAAAUAUCUUUACUUUUUACGGUGGUCAUUGGUUGAGAUAUAGUUCAACGUCAGAAUCCAGUCGUGGGAUUUAUUUGGACAACUCGAGUGGUAAUCACUAUGAGUGUGUGACAUGUGUCAAUGAGGGUCAGUUAGGAAGUUGCUUUGGCAUUUGUCAGAAUGGUACAUCUCAGGUCAGUCAGUAUGGUACCAGGUCACAUCGGCAUCAAGUAAUUUGCGCUGAUAGUGAAGUGGCAGUUGGUUUGAGUGAUGUUGUUGAAACAGGCAAAGAAAAACAUCAGUCCAUGGUUCCACUUGUAAGCCCAUCCAAGUAUAUUCAAAAGAAGAAGGCCCUGGCCCAAAGAUCCAAAUAUGUAGCAGAAAUGUUGGAAAGGGAGAAGAAGAUAACAAUGAGUGUAAAAAAAUACAAAGAAGAAGUUGUCUUUAGGCAGAGAAUGAAGUCAAGGAGUGUAGCAAAAUAUAGAAGUGAUGUAGUGCAUCAAAACAUAGUUAAAACAUCUAGCAUCACAAAGUAUAGAAGUGACAGCUUGCACAGGGACAGAGUCAAGGCGCAGAGUGUCAAAAAAUAUAAAGUAGAUACAAGGCACCGGGCCAUUGUCAAACUUGCCAGUAUACAGAAGUAUCACAGUAACUUAGAGCACAAAAUGCGUGUAAUGGCAGAUGUGAAGGCACGAAGACAUGCUGCAAAGUUGCGAGAGGAAGAAUUUGAUGUUGUUGUAGAGAAUUUUUUAGAGAAAGUGAAGAAUGGGCCCCAGUUUGUCUGCUGUGUGUGCCAUAGGUUGAUGUUUAAACAUCAGGUCCUGCAGUGUCACAGAGAGCAUUACAGCAAAAGUGCAAGUGCUUCUCUUGUGAACACGUGCAUUAAUGAGGAUUAUUUGCACAAAUGUAGUGCAGAGUGCACAGUACCAUGUGUGUUGGUGGAGUCUGGUAGAGGGCAGCUGUGGGUUUGCUACACUUGCCAUUACAAGAUUAGCAAAGGGGAAUUCCCACCUGAAUGUGUGGCAAAUAAUUUGGGGGUGGACCCGAUUCCUCCUGAGCUGGAUUGUCUGAACAGUUUAGAGCAACACUUAAUUGCACUAAAUAUCCCCUUCAUGAAAAUGCUUGCAUUGCCUAAAGGGGGGCAAAAUGGUGUCCAUGGGCCUGUGACUUGUGUUCCGGCCAAUGUUGUUGAAACGACAAAUUUGUUGCCACGGUCCAAUAUGGAAGGCUCUAUGCUCCGUGUCAAACUCAAAAGGAAGCUGACUUACAAAGGACACUACGAGUACCAUUUUGUUGACAGCAUGCACAUUCGUGAAGCCUUGAGGUAUCUGAAAGAGUCUAAUGUGCAUUAUGAAGAUAUAGAGUACAACGAGGAGUGGGUCAAUGACUUUUGUAGGGAACCUGAUGCCUCUCAGGUGGAGGACAGUGUUCCUGCAGUAGAUGUCACACCGCCUCUAGAUACAGAAGAUGAGCUUCUCCAUGAUAGACAGCAACACUGCAUGUUUCAGGACACAUGUUUAAUGCCAGUUGACAUUGGUCAGGAAGCGCUAGAUCAGUAUUACGACAAUAUAUUGAAUGUGGCUCCGGCAGAAGGCAAUAAUCCUGUGAGGUUGCUUUCUGACCAUUCGAAUGAAGCUAGAUGUUUCCCAGUGUUGUUUCCACAUGGUCGUUUCACGUUUCAUGAUACUCGAAAAUAUAGGCUGACGGCGUCGCAAUAUUUCAAUAAUCGUAUCAUGCAUGCUGAUAAGCGGUUUGGGCAGAAUGUGGAAUACAUAUUCUAUGCUCAGUACUUGUGUGAACUUGUGCAGGUGGUGUCGAGCAUUUCCAUUGCUUUACGCAAAGGAAUUGCUGGUUUGGUGGCAAAAAUGGCCAAGGAUUUGUUGACCAACGAUGAGUCGUUAAAGACAUUGUUGGAAUGUGACCAGGGCUAUUGUUUUCUGAAGCCCAUCAGAGGCACUCCAGCCUUUUGGCAGAGUACGCAGCGUGAUAUUUUGGCUUGUGUGCGUCAGCUUGGUGUUCCCACGUGGUUUUGUUCUUUUUCGUCUGCUGAUUUACGGUGGCAAAACUUGGUAGACUGUGUUUUGAGGCAAGAGGGUAGAACGCAAACGGCUGCAGAGUUGGAGUGGGCUGACAGGUGUGAUUUGUUGAGACGGAAUCCUGUGACUGCUGCACGGAUGUUUGAUUUCCGGUGGCAUGUCUUUCUCAGAGGGGUGAUAAUGUCUUCGAGCCAACCGAUUGGCAAAGUUGUAGACUAUUUUUACCGGGUGGAAUUUCAGCAGCGUGGUUCCCCGCAUGUACAUUGUUUGUUCUGGGUCGAGAAUGCCCCACGUAUUGAAGUGAACUCAGAUGAAGAAGUCACAAAGUUUAUUGAUAGAUAUGUUACUUGUGAAUUGCAGCCACAGGAUGAAGGAUUGACAGAGACAGUGUCUUCCGUACAGCAGCAUUCUAAGAGACACUCUAAAACGUGCAAAAAGAAAAACACAGUGUGUCGUUUCGGUUUUCCCAAACCUGUGUCAGGACGAACAUUUAUUAGCCAUCAGUUUGACGGACAGGGACAAAAAACAUGCACUUGUCAGGUUAGCCAAUCAACCGGUGUUAAAACAUGCACAUGUCCAAAAGCAUCCCAAAAUGCCGUGAACAUGAAAGCAGAAGAGGCGUCGGAAAUCAUAAAAUCCAUUAAAACAGCCCUGGCUGACGAGAACCACGCAUAUCAAAGCGUGGAACAUUUGUUCCAUAGUCUCGGUAUAACACAAAAUACUUUUGAGGCCGCACAUCGCCGCUUGGGUCGUCGUACGGAAGUCAUAAUGAAGCGUCAAAUCAAUGAGGUUUGGAUCAAUCCAUACAGCAAACCUCUGCUUAAAUGCUGGAAUGCUAAUAUGGACAUCCAGUAUGUCGUUGAUGCGUAUGCGUGCGUGGUUUAUAUAAUCUUGUAUAUUUCCAAAGCUGAGAGGGAGAUUGGAUUGCUGCUGAGUAAUGCCCAGAAAGAAGCAUCCAAACAGGCAAACGUCAGUGCCAAAGAGGCCUUAAAAAGUCUUGGCAGUGUGUACUUGCACAAUAGAGACGUGUGUGCACAAGAGGCCGUUUACCGGGUGACAAAUAUGCAUCUUAAAGAAUGCUCGCGCAAAGUAGUUUUUGUUCCAACAGGGGACAAUGUGGUCAAAAUGAGUUUGCCUGUGAGUGUUUUGCGUCAAAAAGCUUCAUCAGCCGAAUUAACAACGGAAGACAUGUGGAUGACCAGCAUUGUCGACCGUUAUAAAAACAGACCAAACGACGACACGUUUAAUGACAUGUGCUUGGCACAAUUUGCUUCGGAAUACCGCAUCAUUAGCAAAAACGAAAGGUCGGCAUCCAAAAUAGAACUUAAAAACAACUACGGACAUGUGACAAAACGUACACGGACCAAACCUGCCGUAGUACGCUCUGCGCGCUUUUCAGAAACCAAAAACCCAGAGUUGUAUUAUCGUAGCCUUUUGCAGUUGUAUCUGCCAUACCGAGUGGAUUUGCAGUUAAGACCUGCCAACUGCCCAAAAUUUGAAGAAUUUUAUGACAAUGGUGCGGUCCGAUUAAAUGAUGGGUCGAUGCAUUCUGUUCGAUCCAUAGUGGAAACAAAUAAACAACAUUUCGACAGCGACGGGGAUGAACUGGACAGCAUCCAAAGAUCUAUUGAUCACAGCGGUGUUGCUGAGGGUGCGUGGUGUCUGCUGUGUCCAGAGCAAGAAUUGGAAAGGCUACAAUGCGAAGAAGAACGCCGGAAAAAACAACAGUUGGUCGAAGAAGAGGCAGAAGUAAUACCUGACUUGGCAAAUGAAAAUAGAACCGCUCUAAACUUACAAAAGCAAAAGUCAAUGAGUCGAAAUGAUGACUUGGCAUUAAUCCGCUCCCUAAAUAAUACUCAAAUGGACAUUUUUUACAAAAUUAGACAGUGGUGCCUUGAUAAAGUAGGUGGGAGAAAACCCGAGCCUUUACACUUAUUCAUCACAGGUGGUGCCGGGACAGGAAAAAGCCACCUAAUUAAAGCCAUCCAAUAUGAGGCUACCAGGUUGUUGUCAACAAUGUGUCGGCAACCGGACAAUAUUUCUGUCUGUCUAGCUGCACCAACAGGGAUUGCUGCUUACAAUUUGAAUGCCACAACAAUACACAGCACAUUGAGCAUCGGCAAGGAUACCCGUUUGCCUUACACACCACUGGGUGAGGAAACGGUGAAUUCCUUGCGUGCCAAGUUCGCGGACCUCCAAAUUUUGAUUAUCGAUGAAAUAUCGAUGGUUGAUCACAAGUUGUUGACGUACAUUCAUGGUAGGCUCCGACAAAUUAAGCAAACCGGUGACUAUGCUGCAUUUGGCAACGUCAGCAUCAUCGCCGUCGGUGAUUUUUACCAGUUACCGCCAGUCAAAGGAAAGCCUCUUUAUGUCGAAGACGCCACUUUCAACUUGUGGACAAAUCUUUUCAGUGUUGUCGAACUGACAACGAUAGUCCGGCAAAAAGAUAAUCAGUUUGCAGCCUUGCUAAAUAGACUCCGCAAACAUCCAAAAGGCGCGGCGUUGUUGGAAACAGACAUAGAACUUCUGAAACAGCGCGAAACGGGUGAGGUCAGCUCCGCGUUACAUGUGUUUCCAACCAAUCAACAAGUAAACGAGUACAACCUAAAAUCAGCUUUUCAGGAUCUGUCCGGAGUACACAAUAAUAAAAGCUCAGGAUUACAGCCAAAACAAAAAAUCCGGUAAAUUAGAAAAAAAAAGUUGGGCACCACAGCAAAGUUUACAACACGUGUUUAGAGGAAACUCUGGACAUCGCUAAAGAUGCUCGUGUAAUGCUUUGCAAAAACAUCGAUAUUGACGACGGCUUAGU